AUGGCAACCGAACCUGACCUGGACGAUCAUCUUCAUACGUUCAGCCGGAUAUGCUACUCCUCCUGGUACACAAGAAUCCGAACACGCAUACUACGUCCAGAAAGACCCGAAUACUCUAUGAUUAUGGAAAGGCAAGGCGAUAAAGCGACCGCCAAGCGACAAAAGGUCGUCCGACUUCUCUACAACAGCCUCGCGGGCGGGACAAGCUGCCGCUCCCUAUUGCCCCUCGCCCAAAACAAGCGUAUUAUCAUCGGUCUCACCGCAAUAUUGUUCGAUCAAGAAUCCAGCAGCAGUGCGAACGGGUUAAGAGGCUCCACCCCGACGAUGGACCCAGGCCCGUGGUCGAGUUUUAUAGCACCACCUCUGUCGUUCUUGUCCUGGUCUGGCCAAUCUGGGGCCCGCAUGGUGGCGUCUCUGAUCGAGCACAUGCUCCUGAUCGACUACGGCCUUGGGGAGCACCCCUUGCGACCCCUAGGUCCCGAACCAAGAUGGAUGACAAAUUACAUGACAAGGGUCGUCUGUCACGAGUUCUGCAGAAGGUUGACAAAACUGGCGGACGACUGCAGGGGUGGAAAAGAUAUCUGGCACUGCAGACUGGCGUGGAUGGAUGAGUUCAUACAAUCAUACGAGGACAAGAGCAGCGCCUACGACGACUUUUCCGAUGUGUCCCUCAUGUUCUAUCUCUUCUGGACCCACCGAGGCGACAUCGACAAAGACAAAUACAAUAAGGGCCUCACUGGCUACGACGGUGUCCUAGACGAGAUGAUAUCCGAGAUUCCAACUAUGGGAACCGACCGGCUGACGCGGAAGCUGUCCGUUGACGUGAACAAGCUUAUUCCACGCUAUGUCAAAGAUAAGGAGAGUAGGGCUGAAAUGAUCGCUGUGGCUAAAAGGAUAGCCGUGGAAUACGGCGUAGUCUUGCGGGCUCCGGAUUUCGCGUUUGAGUAUCUAGAGAGGCCGACUGGUCAUGAUAAUGGAAGCCUUCUGCGGGAAAUCACCACGGGUCAUGGCUUGGUGAGGGCCCACGACACAGCCUCGAUCGAACGGGAUGUAACUCCACCACCUAGUUACACGGAGGCAAUGAGCCUAUGCUAA